GGGACAUGUUUGAUGGAGGAAGUGAAGACAGGGACCGGGUCCUGACAUUUCUGGAGGACAAGCGGCUAGCCGACCUUGUGGAGGGCUACGUUGAGAAGGAAACCAUGACCGAUGCGGAACAACUGAUAGCCCGCCGAUAUCUGAUGUGCUACAUUGUGUACAGGAAUUCCCACCGGCAGGGAGCCGUUGUCAACCUACGAAUAAGAGAGCAGCAGAGGGCUAUCGAACAUAAGACAAAGAGUGGCGAAACAGUCUUCGUUUAUAAGGUCUGGCAGCACAAGACAAGUGGGCAGUUUGGCAGUGCGAACCUGGUUGUUCCAGAAAGACGCACCAUAUGUGGGCUAGCCGACCUUGUGGAGGGCUACGUUGAGAAGGAAACCAUGACCGAUGCGGAACAACUGAUAGCCCGCCGAUAUCUGAUGUGCUACAUUGUGUACAGGAAUUCCCACCGGCAGGGAGCCGUUGUCAACCUACGAAUAAGAGAGCAGCAGAGGGCUAUCGAACAUAAGACAAAGAGUGGCGAAACAGUCUUCGUUUAUAAGGUCUGGCAGCACAAGACAAGUGGGCAGUUUGGCAGUGCGAACCUGGUUGUUCCAGAAAGACAGCACCAUAUGGUGUCCAGAUAUGCCGAGAAGCACCGCCCGGCCCCAGCUGAGGACUGCAGCGAGUAUAUUUUUCUCACCCCCCAGGGUAGGAAGGUGGCCCACCUAUCUGACGAUCUCAAGGCACUCUCUAAAGAUUUCCCGACUACCCUGGGGGUCGUGAAUAUGACAACAACACAGAUGCGGAAGCUCACCUCGACGCAGGUGGCAGCAGAGGGUGCAACAGACGCCACAAUAAGAACAGUGGCCACCCACAUGACGCAUGGGGCCGACACCGCCAGAAAAUACUACCAGCACCUGGAAGGUGUCAGCCAAAGUGUGGCGGCCUUUGGUGAGAUAUCAAGAAAGCAGUCGGCAGACCCUGCGGAAAACGACGAGUUGAUCGUCCCAAAAUUGAAGAAGAGAAAGAUGUGGCUGAAAGAAGAAGAGCAGGAGAUACGAGAAAAAAUCGACAUGGGGAAGACGCCGACACUGGAACAAUGCCAGGCCUUCCUGAGUGCAAAUACAAACGCCAAACUCUUUUCUGAGAGGACUGCAAAAGAACUUCAGGACAAA